UUAAGGGCCAAGUGCAGCUAGGAAGAUUAGUGAAGAAGGAUAUAGAGCAAAGCUCCUUAUGGUACCACUAUAGCACCAAUAAUCAUGAGGCUGGCAAUCAUUUUAAGGACUCUUUUGUAGCCUAUUUUAAUUUUGGGGGGAGAAAACAUUAUUGAAAUUCAUCAGAUAACCUACCAGAUCACCAAUUUUCCUACCAGAUACGCUGUUGCCUCAGAAAAGCUACUGAGAAAAAUCAUUUAUAGUGUCACUGGUCUGUCUGCUCCUGAUUCUGUCUCUGUGUCUCUCUCUCUGCAAUGGCAACAGAUACCACAGGCUUCUAUCCAGAAGCUGCACAGAGUUUGUUUCCAACGAUCUGGAUAAAACAACAACACCUGGGUAUAAUGUCUGAAGAAAACGCCACCACUGUGAUCAAGGAGUUUGUAUUUGUAGGAUUAACAAGCAACCCUACGCUGCAGACCAUUCUCUUUUUUGUGUUCCUGGCUAUUUAUAUGACCACCUUGGUUGAAAAUCUGGGAAUGAUUGCCUUAAUAAGGGCCAGUCCCCGCCUCCAUACCCCAAUGUACUUCUUUCUCAGCAGCCUGUCUUUCCUGGAUGUAUGCUUCUCUUCUGUGUUUGCUCCAAAGGCAUUAGUGGAUUUUCCAGCAGAGAAAAAGUCCAUUUCCUUUAUUGGGUGUGCAAUGCAAAUGUACUUUUUUGUAGGUCUAGGGAGUGCAGAGUGCUUUCUCUUGGCUGCAAUGGCAUAUGAUCGUUAUGUGGCUAUCUGUAAACCACUUCUGUAUCCCGUCCUCAUGUCUCCUAGAGUCUGCUUUCUUUUGGUGGUGGGGUCGUAUAUUCUUGGGCUUCUACAUUCUCUCCUUCAUACAAUCUUCACCUUCAGACUGUCAUUCUGUAGGACUAAUGUGAUCAACCAUUUUUUCUGUGAUAUCACUGCACUUUUAUCAAUUUCCUCUUCUGAUAUCUAUAUCAAUGAACUGCUGAUCUUUUACGUAGCUGGUCUUGUAGAAGUAACCACGAUACUGAGUGUCGUGGUUUCUUAUACCUAUAUUCUUACCAACAUUGUGAUGAGGAUCGGCUCAGCUGCAGGGAGGCUCAAGGCCUUCUCCACUUGCACCUCACACCUCACUGUCGUUACCAUCUUCCACGGGGCCAUUCUCAUAUUACACUUCCGGCCAAACUUGAGCAGUGGAUCCUUUGUUCAAGAUAUAACUGACAAAAUACUUUCAGUGUUCUACACAAUUAUCAUUCCAUUGCUGAACCCUUUGAUUUACAGCCUGAGAAACAAGGAGGUAAAGGGCGCCCUGGGAGGUUUUUGGAGGAAGGUGUGUCACAAAAUAAUUAGGUCAUGAAACUUAGGUCAGGAAUUGGAUGUGGUGUUAUUAAAUCUAUAAGAUUUGAAAUGAAAGAAAGAUGAAUCCAUCAGAAUACCUCUGGCCUCUAUGUACUAAUUUGGUGAG